AUGACUCCCGUUGUCAUCCUCGCCGGCAUCAGCGACAAUGGCGCGGCGCGCAACUCGCUGCGGUCGGUGACGUGGACCAUCGAGGCACCUGGAGUAGCAACAAGCACCACGACAGGCACGUUUCCAGCUGGGAGAGGUCAGAUGAACCUGGUGGCUACCGCGUGCUGCACCGAAGACCUCGACAAGGCUGACUUUGACCCUUUUACGCAGCUUGGAGACAUUGUCUUCACCUGGACGCGCACGCCGACUCUGCCGGCCGAGAUCGCCAGCCCCAUCCACGGCGUGGGCGUCAUGUUUGGCCGCAACGGAACGUAUGGAAGCCAGACGCUGGUCGACACCUCGAUCAACACGCCGUCGACAACCUACACUUACACCGUUGUGGCCACCCGUGGCUCCGAGUCGGUCACCUCGACGUUCACGGUGACGACGCUCACGCCGCCGACGUGCUCCGGCUCGUGCUCGGCGAUCAACGGCGCGCCGGCGCCGUCGACCCCAGCGGUGACGAUCGGCAAUCAGCUUACAUUUGACAUGGCGGCGUGCUCCGAGGCCGGCGUGACGUACGGCGGAACGCUCAUCAUGGCGUUCCCCGGCGGGAGCAUCGCCAUCUUCUCCGAGUUCCUCGCCGCAAGCACGCCGUCGCUCGUCACCCGCGCCCCACCGAUUUACGCGAGUGCUGCUGACUACAGCCUGACGUUCGCUCCGUACGCCGACCUAGCCAACAAGGCGCGGACGUCGUACGCACCGCCGUGUGGCGUGGGUGCGUCGUCGGCGACGAUCACCCGGCCACCAGCGCUCGAUGCGAGCUCGUCGACGCUUGCGCAGGCUGUGGCGUACUGGAAGAGCACCUCGCUGCCGGCCGCGGCGGGCUUCCGCACCUCGCUCGGCGAGUACGCGCCGUUCCUGGCCGGGAUCGCCGGCUCGGCCGCCGUCGCUGCCGCUCCGGCCUACAACCUCAGUGCCAACAGCUACGGCGAGAUUGUGUCUGCGGUGUUGGAUGAGCUCGCGGCGGGAGUCCGGGCCAACCCGGUGAGCGGGAUGGAUAGCGGCGGCGCGGCGCGGGCAACGCAGGCGCUGGUCACAGUCGUCCAGACCCUGUUUGUCCACUACAACUCGUCGGCGGCGACGGUGGAGCUCCGGGCGACGCCGAUCGUCAACUUUGCGCUGCCAGCCGACGACUUUGCCGCCGGCGUCGAGGUCUUUACCGGCCUGGUUGCACUGUACAAUGCGUCUGCAGCCGACGAUCGCAAGGGUAUGGUUCAGGUCUCGGGCGUGCUGGCGGCCAUGUCGCAGAUGCUCUUUGACUCAACGCGGACAUUUGGCUGCAACCAGACGCUGGCGGAGGCGGCGACGCGACUCGAGGCUGCGGUGCAGGUCCAACGCAACCUCGACGUGGCACAGCAGAGCUGCGGGACGACGCCGCGGACCGACGCGGCGUCGUCGUACUCGGCACUCUUUGAUCCGCGCCGGGUUGCGCUCGGCAGCGUGCCACGCGUCCACUACGAGGCCGCCAACGGGGUGGGCACGCUGUUUGAGAUAGGCUCGCUCGCCGGGUUUCGCGCCGCCGUCGGCGGCGCCACCACCUGCGUCCACCUCUCCAUCGCCACCACCGCCGGCGACCCGUUCCAGCUCCGCGACUGCAAGCCCGGCGAGACAAUCGACCCGAGCUCGAACGCGACGCGCGGCGUCAAGUCCGGCUCGGCCGAUGUCACGCUCCGCAACCAGGCCGGGAGCCCCAUCUCGCUCAGCACGCUGGGCGGGGCGGGCAACUACGUGUACGUCGUGUUCAACAGCCCGGUCUCAGCCGGGACGGGAGCGACGACGCCGGGCUUUGUGCGGCAGUGUAACUUUUGGGAUGAGGCGCGCGGGGCGUGGAACGGCGUCGGCUGCACCAUGCUCACCGGGCGGCCGUCGCCGGAUCGGUUUGUGGCGUCGUCGUCGCCAGGCGGCUUCAUCCCGGACUCGGUCAUCAACGCGUGGUCGACGUCGGGUAGCCCAGCACUCUCGUCGGCGGCGUACGUCUGCCAGUGCACCCAUCUCACCACGUUUGCGGUCCGCGACGACGUGCCGCUCUUCCUCGUUCCGGGCGUGGCGUCCGAGGACGACGCGCCCGACGUCGGCGGACCCAUCCUUGUCACCAUAGUCGUUGUCAUCAUCAUCGUCGGCGUUACGGUCGAGGUGUUGGCGCUGGCAAUCGGCGAGGAGGUGACGACCGGGGCCCGGCUCGGGCUCGACCGCAUCCAGCUCUUCUUUGCGCUCGCACUCAUCGGGCGCACCGUCCCGCGGUUUUACCUUCGCCUUGCGCAGUACGUCUCGGUCUUUUCGUUCAUCCGCCCGCCGCCGUGGGAGGCGAACGACUACCCAGGUGCGCCCGGACCACGUCGCAAGCUCCUUGCCGACGAGACGGCGAUGGGCGUGGAAAAGUACGCAGCGUUUGCUGGCAUUCCGGCGGACCACUUGCUCCUGACGGUCAUCUGGCUUUUUGUCGCCGUCUUUGUGGCUGUCUACGCCUUUGCGGCCGCCUUUGCCUUUGGCUGCGCGCGGCGCCACGCGCUCGCCGCCAAGCUAAAGGCCAAGCUUCCGGGCGUUGGCAUCCGACUCGUUAUGCUCGGCUACUUUCCUCUCAUGUACACAUCGUCGUACUCGCUAACCUUUGCCGACGACACCGACGUUCGGACCAUGUUUGGCGUCGCCUUUGGCAUCGCGCUCGUCAUGUACGGUGGCGUCGGCCUCGGCUUUCCGGCAUGGGCUGCCGGCCACGUCGGGAUCAACGGCAUUCGCGGCGGCAGCCUCGAGUCGGAGACCUUCCGUGCUCGCUACGGAGUGCUCUAUGAUGACUACGUCCGGCCGGACGUUCUCUUUGUCGCUGCCGUCCUCGCGCGCAAGCUGGUCCUCGGCUCGGCCAUCGGCUUUUUCUCGCAGGAGCCCGAGACCGCCGUCGUUGUCCUCAUCCUCGGCCAGCUCGCCUUUGCCGUCAUCCUCGCCUGGCGGCGCCCGUACAAGGACGUCGUCCUCGAGGGCAUGGAGAUUGCUUUCGCAUUUCUCGAUGUCCUCCUCUUCGCGCUUCUCAUCCCCUACACCGACCUCGGCAACGACGAGGACACCGCCCCGGCGUGGAUUAUGACCAUCCUGCAGUUUGCCGGCCUCCUCGCCACCCUUGCCAUGGUUCUGUACAAGGCCACCAAGGCGGCUACCUCCCGUCGCGACCGUGCCAGCGCCGCCGCCGCCGAUAAGGAGCUCGGUGAGGGAAGCAGCUACACCUAUGCAACAGCGGACUCGGGCUCGAGCCUGCGAUCGGGUGUUAGCUCGAGCUCGGGAGUUGGCUCGAGCUCGAGCUCGAGCUCGGGCUCAGGCUCGGACUCGGGCUCGGGCUCGGGCUCGAGCUCGGGCUCGGGCUCGAGCUCGGGCUCGGGCUCGGCAUAA